UGGGGGAAAAAGCCACUUACAGUAAAACUGAACUAAAUGGGUGUUAUGGCCAGCAGAGGCGCUGAUGUUAAACCAAGAACUGAAGUUUUUAUUGUGUCUUGGAAGACCACCUUCUUCUGAGACAUCCGGAACUGAAAGUAUGCUGGGUGCGUGAUCACAGAGAGAGAGAGAGAGAGAGAGAGAGAGAGAGAGAGAAAGAGAGAGAGUCAAACAAACUCAGACUGAAGACAGAAACACUGUCGCUGGAAACUGAAAGCCAUGGCUGUAAUAAAUGCAGUGCAGAUCUUCAUGCUGCUGUUGGGCUUCACUGCAGUCUGCCAAACUGAUGCUGAUGGCUGCAAUGUGAGAUGUAAUGAUGUGACUGGAGCUGUGAGGAAAGAAGUGAUGUUCAACUGCAGCUUCUCUGAACAGUGCACUGAUUGCUGUGUUAUAUGGUUUAAGUUUCAGUAUCCUGAGAACUAUAAUUACUCUGACAUCUGUAGAGAAGGGUCUCCUGAUGACCGCUGUAAGAAGAAGAAAACCUUCACAUGCAGAUACACUCCAAAUACAGCAAUGAAGGAAACAUUCAGAUUCUUUGUGCAAACUAAUAGUUCAACAAAAACUGCAGAAUUCACUGUGGAUAUAUCAGAGCAUGAACCACACAUAAAUAAUCCUGGACAAUCUCCUGGACAUGAGAAAACUUCUGUUUCUGCCAUCUCUGCUGGUGUGGGCUGCUUCAUCAUCUUCAUCAUCAUCAUCAUAUUGACCAUCAUUAUCAUCUAUAAAAAGCAGACAGGUGGAUGUCAGAAAAUGAUGUCUCUGUUUACCAGACAGAAGGAUCAUGACAGUGAUUCAGAAAAAGUGCAGAAUCAUUUUGAAGAUUAAUUUUAAUGUGGUGCUCCAGAAAAGAUCAGCUUCAUCUGAACUGCAGUAAUUACUGGAGUCUCUUUUAGACCUCAAACCUCAUGACAUCUGAUCUUUUCACAGCUGAUUUGUGCCACUUUCAUGUGCUUUCAUGUGCUCCUAAAUCCGGCACAGAUUUGUAAUGUGAACGGUUGUAUCAAACUUAUUACAAGCAUCUUAUUCCUCUUCAGUGGCUGCUCAUUAAACCCCCCGUCAUGAGUCACUUUAUGGGCUCUAUUUUGACGGUCCAAAACGC